AUGGCGGCGGACGGUGACGAAGUGAUUAGUGAUCAGGAAAAAGUGAGAAUUGUUUCGGAUUUCAUACUUCAUUCACCACCAGGCGAAUUUAACGAAGUUUUUAACGAUGUCAGAGUUUUGCUAAACAACGAUACCUUACUUAAAGAAGGCGCUAGUGGUGCAUUCGCCCAGUACAAUAAGGAUCAGCUCACGCCCGUGCGCCUUGAAGGCUCCGAACUACAUACUCUUAUAACUGACCAUAAUGAGCUUGGUGGCGGCAGAUUUUUCGACCCACGUUCCAAGCGGUCCUUUAAGUACGAUCAUUUACGUAAAGAAGCUUUGGAGUACGAGCCUUAUGAGCCCGACCGUGUGGCUGAACCCUGGCGGGCGGCGCUUGAUGAAGAGUUGACGGCCUAUGUCGCAGCGCACUACAAACACGGCGCGAGUUUAGUUGUGGGACGUGCUCUAGACUCUGGUACCGUAUCGCUUGUGGCGUGUAUCGAGGAUCAUCAAUUCCAGCCGAAGAACUACUGGAACGGCCGGUGGCGUUCUGUGUGGUCUUUGACUAUCGGUGGAGGCGCGGCGGAGCUACGUGGUAUGUUGCGCGUUCAAGUCCAUUACUAUGAGGAUGGUAAUGUGCAACUGGUCAGCUCCAAAGAGGUGCGAGCACCCUUAAUAGCAACGGGUGAGGCCGCGACCGCUAAGGAGUUUGUCCGAUUAGUGUGCGACGCCGAGAACGCGUACCAAACGGCAAUUUCAGAUAACUACAAGACUAUGAGCGACACAACGUUCAAAGCGCUCAGAAGGCAGCUGCCAGUGACUCGCAGCAAGAUAGACUGGGCCCGUCUUGUAUCCUACACAAUUGGCAAAGAGCUCAAGAGCCAA